CAUACUGGAGCUGCCUUGCACUUUGAUUCUGUGACUUUUCGGUAUUCUAGCUGUCUGGGGGCAGCUUGUGGUGCCCUGGUUAGGCACAGCUUCACAGACUUGGCUCCUGGAGCCUUUUCUGGCUAGACUAAUUGAGCAGUUGGAUUGGUAGUCGAUAUUUUUGCCCUAAGAGAAGAACUGGAGUUCUUGGUAAUGGCCACGCCAUUAUCAUUGACCUUGAUAGCGCAUCUUUUCAUCCCUUCUGUGGCAGGAUGGGAAGGGAGAGCUGUCCCUCCCCGAAGUACUUCUCCCGCAGCUCCUCAUUCCAAACCUGUAUAAUCUCUCUCCCUCUUUUCCGUACUUGAGCUGCCUCGGUGACCCCCACCAAGGACUAAUGAAUUCCUUCACCCACACCUAGGGUCCAGGAGACCUUACUUUGCAACUGACCAACUUAAAAUAUCACUAUGACUGCUUGAGCCAUCUCGGAGAGAAUAUGAUGCAGAGAUCUCACUUGGGAUUUUUGUCUUGCCUAUUUAAAAGCUAAAGAGGAAAGAAAGGCCUUGCUCCAGGCUUGAUGAGUCUUGGGGGUGCAUCUUUCAUCCCAGGAGGAGAUAAGAAGUGGAGCCUGCUGCAGAAAAGAGCUUAGGUGUGUGUUUGAAGUGUUUCUUCAGAAGAGGAGACUACACUCUGCACUAAACCGAGUAGUCAGAGCAUCGGUAGAGAAGUAACCGCCAAACGAAAGAAGACAGCUGAUAAAGGAGAGCCGGCAUGACGAGGCCACACACACGUGAUCCUGCAUCUUGGAGGAAGCGUUGUGGGAGGCACUGCAGUGAAGAAAUGGACCAGUGCGCGUAAGCAUGGACUCUCCUUGCUGACUGUCGCCACCUGCUCUCCUUGCUAAGUGAGAGAGAGUGGGUCAGGGGAGAAGGAAAAGAGGUCAACAUGAAGCUAAAGCAGCGAGUUGUGCUCUUAGCGAUUCUUCUUGUCAUCUUUAUCUUCACCAAAGUUUUCCUGAUUGACAACCUGGACACAUCAGCCGCAAACCGAGAGGACCAGAGGGCUUUCCACAGAAUGAUGGCUGGCUUGAGGGUGGAGCUGGUGCCCAAGCUGGACCACACCUUGCAGUCCCCUUGGGAGAUUGCGGCCCAGUGGGUGGUUCCCCGGGAAGUGUACCCAGAAGAGACACCAGAGCUGGGGGCAAUCAUGCAUGCCAUGGCCACCAAGAAAAUCAUUAAAGCUGACGUGGGUUAUAAAGGGACACAACUGAAAGCCUUACUGAUACUUGAAGGAGGACAGAAAGUCGUCUUCAAGCCUAAGCGGUAUAACCGAGACUAUGUGGUAGAAGGGGAGCCAUAUGCUGGUUAUGAUAGACACAAUGCAGAGGUAGCAGCCUUUCAUUUGGACAGGAUUCUGGGUUUCCGUCGCGCCCCCUUGGUGGUUGGCAGAUUUGUUAAUCUACGGACAGAGAUCAAGCCCGUUGCCACGGAGCAGCUCUUGAGCACCUUCCUAACCGUAGGAAAUAACACUUGUUUCUAUGGGAAGUGUUAUUACUGCCGAGAAACAGAGCCAGCUUGUGCCGAUGGAGACACGAUGGAGGGAUCUGUCACGCUUUGGCUUCCAGAUGUGUGGCCUCUGCAGAAACACCGACACCCAUGGGGCAGGACAUACCGCGAGGGCAAACUGGCCAGGUGGGAGUACGACGAGAGCUACUGUGAUGCUGUCAAGAAAACAUCCCCCUAUGACUCGGGCCCCCGCCUCUUGGACAUCAUUGACACCGCUGUCUUUGAUUACCUGAUCGGCAACGCGGACCGCCAUCACUAUGAGAGUUUUCAAGAUGACGAAGGUGCCAGUAUGCUCAUCCUUCUCGAUAAUGCCAAAAGCUUUGGGAACCCAUCGCUGGAUGAGAGAAGCAUUCUUGCCCCCCUCUAUCAGUGUUGCAUCAUUCGGGUGUCCACCUGGAACAGACUGAACUACCUGAAGAACGGCGUGCUGAAGUCUGCCUUAAAGUCGGCCAUGGCCCACGACCCCAUCGCCCCCGUGCUGUCUGAGCCCCACCUGGAUGCCGCGGAGCAGCGGCUCCUGAGCGUGCUGGCCACGGUGAAGCAGUGCACUGACCAGUUCGGGGCAGACACCGUGCUGGUGGAGGACAGGAUGCCUCUCUCCCACUUGUAAUCCGCUCCACAGAAUAAGCGAGACUCCUUUUUACAAAGCUAGAGAAACAGCACAAUCACUUCUGAACGGGAUGAGGGGGAUCGGAGACAGCCGGCAGCAAGCUCUGGUGAUGAGGGGCAGGGUGGCCUUGGAUGCCUCUGGCGACUUCUGUAGGAGAAACGAAGGCAAAGAUGACAGGUUUCAGACCACGGGAGCGCUCCCGCCGACCCCCCGACUUCCCGGCGGCGGGCCUCCUGGUUGGUCGGGCCUCGCUCGCAUGCCACGGGACAGAUAGAGGGGGGACGUGCGGAGAGGUGAAUGCUGGGCCUGCUUCUGGAGUGUGUGGUUUGAGUUCAUCCUUAGAAUCCUUUCUCCACCCCGAUGGAGUUUCUGAAAACCCUCAGCCAUCUCUGGAGUCCUUUUUGCACCAGGACCGAUCCAGCUGGGAAUUUGACCGCCUCCUGCGGAGUGGCAGCCGGGGAAACCGGACCUCUUGAGCCCGAUAGCAUGCUCUGUGGGCAGGGAUACAUGUUCAGGAUCGAAUUAGCGGGAACGACAACAGCAGGAAGGAUGCUUGGGCUUUUAAGCGAUUGGCUGAUAGUGCUUUCCGUGAGCUCUUAGAGGAGGGAGGAAGAGACGGCACCAGAAGCGGGGAGGCCCCCCGGUAUUUGAGCUCCAUGGGUGUAGAGAAAGCAAACAGGACUUGAACCUCAGUGGAUCUGUGUGCUCACAGCGGUAUCCCAGUUAGCCCGCAAAUUGUCCAAGCAGGAUGCUCUCAUGGAGACUUUUCUUUUUCCCUUUGCCCAAAGCAGGCAAAUCCUUUCUGAAUUAACAAAGCAAACUGAGCUAACACCUUGAUGAGAGUUAAGUUGCCUACGAUCUCCACCAUCCCAAUUUCUCAUCUGAAAUGAUUUCCACCUCAGCCUUUAAGGCAUUCGGUCACUGAAGCUGCUGUUCCCAAGAGAUUGGCAGUUCCUGUCUGUGCCUUUCUCGUGGGAAGAGCUAGCUCCUGCGCUCAGCCGACCACGCGUUCUGCUGGUGGCCGGACCAGUCUUGUGAUGUGGGCCAUGCCGAUGACUGGGAACAAAGAGUUGAAGCUCUCUGAGCCUCAAAACGAAGGAGGUUACCAGGAAGAGCCUUAAGAUUUUGGUUUAUGUCAAGCCCUGAUUUCUUUGUUUAAUUUCAUCGGGUGUUCAGAACUGGUGGUGGAGCGCCGCUGUCCCUGUCCCUGUCCUGGUAGUGACAGAAGGCCAGGCUCAGCUUGGUCUGUGUUCCUGCAGAGCCUCCCAGACCUGUAAGCCGUUGCAUCCUGUCUAGGGGCCAGUCCAGCCUUGUGCUUCUGUCAGGCAGAGGCUGCUGUUUCAACGGUGUGAGGGAGCAAAUGCCGUGCCAGCCUCUGGAGACCAGUGUGGGGCAGCCAGCCUUUCAAAAACAGCUUAGAAUCUAGGUCCUUGUUCUUGCAUUGAAAGGCAGCUGGGCAGCCUGUAAGUGUUAACAACAGCCUGAGGUCGGGAUGCUUUUGUACUUUGUAAGUAUGUUUGGAGACAUCCACAAGAAUGGGUUGAGUUCUAAAAGAAGGUAUUGAGUCUAAGGAGCCAGGUGUUAGCACAAAACACUGAAACGGUGUUAACAGAAGGAGGCCUUAGAUUUCAGUUGUAGGACCAUUUAUUGUGUGCAUCGAGCAGGAUUCAUAGCUGAGCUGGAGAAUAUCGUGGAUGGUGCUCACCCAGAGGGUCAAGGAGCUGGCUGGAGGGAGACGGUGGGAGGCAGUGGACUCGCCUGGGUUUAUGUUGGUUCAACCAAAUGAUGGCCCAGUGUCCUUGCAGACACAUGGUACCUGUUGUGUGGCGCAGUGGAAUGGGUAAGACUUGUUCUCCAACUGGGAGCUUGCUUCCUAAUGUUGAAAGCAGAAGAUAUUGCUAAGAAAACAAGCAGGAAGGAAUAUCCCAUCCUUUUAUCAAAACAUGGCAGAAAAUGUAUGAGUUCAUUCUGUUUCCUGCUGUUAAAAAUUCAUUUUCUUAAGAGGUGUUCAGAUCUAUCAUGUUUAACGUCGUUUACUAAUAGGGUGGUGUCACAGGACUCUUGGAACAUAGAUUUAUGUUCUAAUCAGGAUUGGAUUAAGCUCAUCUUAGAGAAAACCAACCAAAAGCUUAUAGCCCUGAAAGUCACAAAAACCAAAUUCUGUUGGAAAAACAGAGGCUGAUACCUUUUUUUUUUUUUUUUUAAGUUUUGUCACUGUGUCCUCUUUGUGGUUUCUUUAGCACCGUUAGACAAGUCACUAGAAGUGGUCUUGGUCAGUCCUAGGUUGGGUGUGCCUAGUCAACAUCUAAAGGUAGAAGUGGAUACGUUUUAAUACUAUCAAACUAGGAAAAUCAGAACUGAAUGCCAUUUCCUUACCUCCUCCCACUUCUUAAAUACGUCUGUUGCAGAGUUUGAAUGGGGAAAUAUGGGUAUAGAAGUUUUAUUCUAAAUUGUUCUUUAAUAUGAGGCUCUAUUGUGGGUUUGGGUGUAAAUAAUUUUCUGUGCAAAACAAAUUAAUAGACAGGAUCUGUGAUUUGCUCAGAGUAUUGUUCGAUAAUAUAUUAAUAAGGCAUUUCUCCCUGUUGCACUCAGGACUAAUAUAUCAAAUGAAAUUUAAGGAGGAAAUGGAAGAAUUCAGGUACAUCUAUUGCAUAUUAUUUGGGGAAGGAUGAAUCCUGUACAUGUCAAUUUUUUAGUGUCUCCUGAACAGUAAGUUCUUCCAAGGAAAUUCAUCUUUCUUUUCCUUAAAAAAAGAAAAGAAAAGAAGAAAGACUUUUGGCUUUCCCUUCCCAUCCCCCAUAUUCCUUCAGUGUCCAUUCGCAAUGGUCCCUGUCUUAUUUGACUGUAAGUGACCACACCUCAGUGGCGAUAAAAACCGCGUCUGUCAGUGAGCUGUCCUGUAGGAGUGAUCUUUUGAGCUUGAGCUUCAGGAAACAUGAGUAAAGGCAUAUGUAUGUAUAUAGUCGUAUCUGUUAUUGUAGCAAGAGAAAAAAACGUAUUUAUUUUGACACAGGGAAACACUGACUUAUGUUGCUGAAGAACUUGAAGCUAGUGAAUGGGUCUCUCCUCAGUCGCUGCGAAUGUCUCUGAAGUCACAGAGAGACCAUUCAGCCGGCAUUUUCUGGGCACCUUUGGAGAGCUGGGCGUGGCCAGGCACACGCAGGAGCCAGACAGACCUGACUUCGUGAAACCUAUCGUCCAGGGGAAGACCAGUUUCUCUCCCUUCAAUGCAUCCAGCCUGGGUUGAAAAGGCAGGGGCUGGUUACUCCACUGCCACAGGUUUUUAAGGAACUAAGGUGUUACUCACAAAUACAAAGUGUAAGCGGGGGAGCUGGGGAGUAACUUACUGGGAAGCUAAUUUAGUUUGCUCAAAAGGGAGGUGUAGGAACCGCUACCCUCGAUUUUAAUCUGCCAAGAUUUCCUCUCAGAGCUGUCACACAGCAGGAGGUUGGGCUUGGUAAGACACCAAACAGGACAGAUAUGCACCCAAGUUUCUAAUGUGUUCUAUGGGUUUCAAUUCUGAAAAAGAAGAAAAAAGUGAAUAAAGAUUUUAAUAAGUAUCGAUGUAUCAUCUUUUCCUCUUACUCCUUUUUUUCCCUUCUUUGAAGCUAUUUUCAGUGUUCUCUUUUCCAGCUUCCUGUCUGUUUCGUUAGGGGACAGAAAAAGACUCCUGCUCCCGCUUAAACCUCCACAGGAACUGUUUCAUGGUAUCUGAUGAGUAAGACCUUUGCACUUACUCACUAGCCUCCAAAAGGCUAAUUCCAGGUUGUGACUCUACCAGAAGUUUCCAUUGGAUAAUUCUUAGGUUCUUUUUGUAUACUUAGUAGUUCAGCCCAUUCCUGCAGCUUCUUUAGAAGUAAAGCAUUACAAAUCUUAAUUUAGCCCAGUACUGUACAGAUGUGGAGGAGACCAAGGACCUGAUUAUUAUUCUUCAGACAGCCAGUUUUUUAACUUUUGAAAUAGAAAUCCAGCAUCAUAAACCCCAACUAGACAAUGAAGCAGACUUUCUUGAGUUUUUACUUGGUUUGUCGCAUUUUUGUUUGUGCCACCUUUUGUCCCGUGAACUUCAAUACUGGUGGGAGGCUGCAGCCUUGUGUACUUCAGUGAUCUUUUUAAGAUACAGUUCAGGCUUUGUUUGCUUUUCAAGCAUAUCAGAAGGACUGGUAUUAAAGCUCGGAAAAGGCAGCUGGAGUAGGGAGAGUUCAUGUUUGGUCUUCAGUAGACAUUUGGGCUUUGGGAGUCCCCUCGAGAACAGAUGGUCCCAACAGAAGAAAACUGUGAAGCACCAAGUGUGUCAGGAAUGAUGUCAAUGAAUUACAGUAGAAAUCAGAGCAGGAACGAAUCCCAGGGGGUCAGGAGGGUGAGAGGUAGGCAGAACCCACGUGGAAGACGGGGAGAGUGAGCUAGGCCUGCCCUGUAUAGAGAAGCCCGAUUUCUGAAGUACACAGCCUCCUGGGCCUGUGCCCUGUUUCAUUCCUUCAGGGGUGUGGGAAACCAUGGAAUGGUUUCCAUCAGCCGUGCCCUGUCUCUUGAAAGGACCCUGAGUCCAAUGUGUUGUUUUAGUUGCUCCUUAGUAUAAACAUUAAACAAAGGGGCCACCAAUGUAUAGAUGAGCUGUGAAACAUUGAUUUUAUGUUUUCAGAAUUUGCUUUUUACAUGUCAAGUGUAAUUGGAGAUAAAGGCUUGAUUUUUACUCAGAGAUUGUUUUCAGGGCAGAGAAAGUUCGGUCUGCCUCCAGCCGGGGUUGAGAAGAGGUUCGUGGCAAAGCUUGGUACCAUGUUGAUGUGCCCAUUUUUCUCUUAGCCUUUGUUAAAAUGCAGAUUUCUAUUGAGUGGGUUUGAGGCCUGAGAUUCUGCCUUUCUAACAAGCUCCUGACCACACUUCAGUAGCCUGGAGAGGGGGUUGCCUGCUAAGGAAUCAUGGCGGCUGUAGUUUUCACAACAGCCUAUAGAUGUCUCCAUCAUCCAUGAGAUCUCGUUCCUAGACUUGGAACCAACUGCCUCCGAGCCCUGAGAAUGAAAUGUUUUAUUGAAAUCUGAGGUUUGUCUCAAAACUGGUGUUUGGAUCCAUUGUUUCUGUGUGGAACUAACAAAGGUGAAGAAAAAA